AUGGGGCAACACGAGUACGUGGUGCCGGUGGAUCGAGAGGCGGCUGUUCCGGCGAAGAAGAAAACGCAGUCGUUUCGGAUUUGGAUACUUUUGGACUGUACUGGUCAGAGCACCGUUUUGGAUGUCGACAAAUACGAUAUCAUGCGCCGCUGCCAAAUCCACUCGCGUAAUCUUCGCAUUCUCGAUCCUUUGCUCUCGUACCCCUCCACUAUUAUCGGUCGUGAGAAAGCCAUUGUCUUGAACUUGGAGCAUAUCAAAGCAAUUAUCACCUCUGGAGAGGUAUUGCUUCGAGAUCCAUUGGAUGAAAACGUGAUUCCAGUUGUGGCGGAACUUCAAAGGCGACUUCCACCUGUGAAUGCCAUUCGUGAAGCUGCUGGAGGGCAUAACGAAGUUGAAGCAGGUGAAGAAGAUGAGUCUCCAUUUGAAUUCCGAGCGCUGGAGGUAGCUUUGGAAGCCAUUUGUAGUUUUUUAGCUGCCCGUACCACAGAAUUAGAAACUGCUGCUUAUCCUGCUUUGGAUGAACUUACAUCCAAGAUCAGUAGCCGUAAUUUGGACAGGGUUCGUAAAUUGAAGAGUGCAAUGACAAGGUUAACUGCCCGUGUUCAAAAGGUGAGAGAUGAACUUGAACAACUACUUGAUGAUGACGAUGAUAUGGCUGACCUUUACUUGUCAAGAAAGUUGGCUGGCCUAUCUUCACCUGGUAGUGGUUCAGGUCCUGUGAAUUGGUUUCCAGCAUCCCCUACAAUAGGUUCAAAGAUUUCAAGAGCAAGUAGAGCAAGUAUAGCUACAAUUCGUGGAGAUGAGAAUGAUGUUGAGGAGCUUGAAAUGUUACUAGAGGCUUACUUUAUGCAAAUUGAUAGCACGUUGAACAAAUUAACUACGCUGCGAGAGUAUAUUGAUGAUACUGAGGAUUAUAUUAAUAUUCAGCUGGAUAAUCAUCGUAAUCAGCUGAUUCAGUUAGAGCUCUUUCUAAGUUCAGGAACUGUCUCUUUAUCCAUCUACUCAUUGGUAGGUGGAAUAUUUGGCAUGAAUAUCCCAUAUUCUUGGAAUGAUAACCAUGGAUACAUGUUUAAAUGGGUGGUCAUCGUCACAGGAAUAUUUUGUGCAAUGACAUUUUUAUCCCUUAUGUCCUAUGCUCGUUACAAGGGUUUGGUUGGAUCUUGAAUAUUCAUGGUUGGAAAGGAUUUUUCAGAUUGUAUUUGCAACACUCAAGCUAUGCAUGAAAAUUGGUCAGGCUGCUAUGCCUUGAAGGGAGUAAGUGAAUAUAGCUACAUCUCAAAA